CUUUUGCGACCUUGACAACGCUGGACGCCGUUUCAGGAAAUUUAGCGAAAGGAAUAAAAUGUAUAAGAGAGAAAAGUCGUUAAAUAUUAAAGGAUCAGCAUCAGCUGUGUGUAAUAAUUUAAGUGUUAAUGUUCAGCCUGAUAAAGAUCGUAUUACUUAUGCCGUUGUUCAUAAAAGCGUUGUAAAUAUUACAACGUCUUCUGUAGACGGUAGGAAUAUUGCAGCCAGGCAAGUUGUUUGCAAAGAACAAUCAUCGACAGCAUCGUGUAUCAUUAUUCAAGCUAAAAUUGUAACAGUAGCUGGAAGACAAAUCUUAGUUGUAACUUCUCAAAAGGGAAUCCAUAUGUACGAGUUGGAAGGUCUUCUACCAAUAUACGCGCAUACUCUCCCAGAACCUGAACCAGCUUGUACAUGCACUCUAGCCAAAGGAAUAGCUGUUUUAUUAAAUAAUGUUAUUACAAUUGGAACGUAUGAAGGACAUGUAAUGGUUUUAAGCAUUCCAGGAAAAGGUAAUAACAUUCAGUUGGUGGAAACUCUUAGAAACCAUUCUUUUCCGAUAUCGGCUCUUGAUGGAAUUGGAGAUAUCCUUGCCGUUGUGGACGAGAGAGGACAAAUAUCUACAUGGAGAGCUGGUCAACCCUUUGAGAAGCUGCUCGUCGGAACUGUUGGUAUAAAUCCGAGUGAUUGCGUCACCUCAUUAGUUUUGUGCCCCAACGACUUAAUAGCUUGCUCAACGACUUCGGGAUGCAUACGCUUUCUCUCCUUUCAAACGUGUUGUACCUUAGCCCAUAUUGACGCACAUGCUCGUUGCAUAACAAGUUUAAGCAUCGCUCCCUCAUCCGGCUUGAUCCUCAGUACUUCAGAAGAUUCAACUGUUAGAGUUUGGAAAGUAGCUAGAUCUAAAUCCGACUUAGAUAUCAAACUAGAAUUUUCGGAACACAUAAAAGAUGCGCAACUCCAAGGAGGAGCUUUCCUAAGCCCAAAUGGAUACGCAUUCGCGGCAAGCUAUUACGAUAGUAGCGAGCUAGUAUUUUUUACUUUUAAAUAAUCAAGACUAAAUUAAAGCUGGGUAAAAUAAAAGUUCUUAAAAGUUCUUUAAUUUUUAAAGAUAAGAUUUUAAAUUUCAUUUUCAACAGACCGUUCAGGAAAUUUACUAUAAAGAUCUCAUUCAAUUUGUCUUAGUCCAUAAUUAACGUAAUUAGUAUUAUAUAACAUUCACUUCACUAAAAUGCAACAAUAAUAAGAGAAGAGCGUGAUUUUACCAUGUUGUUAUUCAUUCUAUUGCAUUCAUAAUAUUUAGCAAUUUAUCUAAUUGUAAGUUUGUUUAAACGCAAGAAUUUUAUAUAAUUCAAAGAAGGAUUAUACUAAUAUUUUAUGAAACUGAAUAUAUGGGGAAAAUGAUUUACACACCUAAAGGAGACAAAAAAAUCCUUAAGAAAGCCGUAUUUUUCUCUCUUUCAAAACAGUACAAUACUAAUGUUGAUUGCAAGUUGUCAUUGUUUCAAUACAUUGUGAAAAAGGAAAAAUAUAUCCUACUUGAAAGGAAUUAUUAUACUAAAAUAAUAAAAAAAAAAACUUGCACAAUAUAAACCUUAUAAGUAGAGAUAUUUGUAUAACUUUUACAAACAAAGGCAAACACUGUACAUUAGCUGGAAAUGAGUUCAUUAUGUGUAAGUAAUAGUAAAAUUUGUUUAAUACACUUACACGCUUGAAAAAUAGCUUG